CGGAGGAGCAGAGAGUGCGCGCCGUCCGCUCCCGCCUCGUCACUGAACCCGCUGUCUCUCUCUCUCCCGUUUCCGUCUUGCGUCUGACCUUGCUUUAGCUAUUCUGAAGUCGGGUCAAGGAAAUCAGCGUUUAUUUAUUUUUGUUUUUUGUUUUUUUCAAGAUUUUAGAGGCCUGUUUUUUGUUUUGUUUCGUUUGGUGUUCCGGUUUAGUGGACAGCUGGUUUUAUGUAUAUUGUCUCCAUUAACACUUACAUAAGUUCUCGGUGUCACGAGAAGACGUAUUGUGAGCCGGAAAUAGAACAGCAUCCUAAAUACGUUGACAUUUUAUGACUUUGUGCAUAAAAACAGGUUACGCAGUCGAGAGACAGAGACACAAGAAGGUCGAGUAAUACCUUGAUGAGACCCUCCUGUCGCCGUGGAUAAUUAUCAUGUGAAGGUCGAGCUUAAGGUCAAGCCAAGCGAGCGCAAUAAAGAGAAGAGAGAGAGAGAGAGAGAGAGAGAGAGAGAGAGAGAGAGAGAGAGAGAGAGAGAGAGAGAGAGAGAGAGAGAGAGAGAGAGAGAGAGAGAGAGAGAGAGAGAGAGAGAGAGAGAGAGAGAGGAAAACAAAGAUUAGGAACACCGUGAAAUUAAGGAAAGAUACCGAAGAAAAUAGAGGAAAAAAACGACAUGAAAUAAAUGGAAGAAGAGAGGAAAGUAAAGAUAAAGAACGCAAUAAAAUAAGAAGAGAAAGAGAGGAAACCAGAAGGAGAGAGACAGAGAGAGAGAAAAAAAAGAGAGAGUACGUAAUUAAGUAAGACGCAACCCAGCCACACUAACCUUCGGGAUCCCGUCGGCCAUGUUCGUCACUCGAGGAUUACCCGUCCUCCUCGUGCUCAUUCUGCUCGCCAGCCUCGCCCUCGAAGCCGAUGCCGGACGCCGACGCCGCCUCAAGCGCCAACAUCGCUCCCACGACCACGAGGACAACCUCAGGAGGGCGCGACGGAGGGAGCAGCGGAGGGCGCGGUGGCGGGCCCAGGCGGAGGAGGAGCAGCAGGAGGGCCCGGCCAGCGCCAACAACGCCUCCGCCAUUCCCGCGACGCCGAUCAGGCAUCACGCCCCUGACUCCGAGGGCAUCCGCGUAGGAGAGGCCGUGGACAGCCCGACGUGCCCCCCGCCAGCCACGCCCUUCAUGCCCGAGCUGUGCAGCGCCCCCGCCUGCCUCCACCACCAGCAGUGCCAGCGGGAGCACGGGAGGAAAGAGUGGGACCUCGCCUGCUGCUUUAACGGAUGCGUGCACACGUGUCUGCCGCCGGUUGGGAGCCCGCCCGGAUAUGCCGUAGCAGUGUUGCCAACCGCGGCGGACCCUGGCAGCAACAGCGAGGAGUGCCAACGCCAGGCACAGAGCCAGCGCGGCCUCAGGAGUCUGGCAUCGCUAACUGCUGUAACAUAA